AUGAUUUUCCCAUGGCAUCUGCUACUUCUGGCGAUGGUGACCGCGACUGCCAUGUCCCAAGCCGAGCCAUUCCGUUGCGUUAUGUAUCUCACUGGACAACAUGAUAUUGUCCCAUCAAAAAGCGCACUUCAAGAUGUUUCGCAUGUCAUUCUGGCAUUCAUGCGCUCCGAGACCUUCAACGUUGACUACAAACCUGACGACUACCCGCUGUUCACCUCUGUCUCUGAUGUCCGCAAAAGGUUCCCGGACGACACCAAGGUAAUGGUAGCUAUCGGAGGAUGGGGCGAUACUCAAGGUUUCGAGGAAGCUGCCAAGAAUGAAACCAUGCGGAAGCGAUGGGCACGCCAGGUUGCGGCCAUGGCCACUGCGACGGGCGCUGAUGGCAUCGACAUUGACUGGGAGUAUCCUGGAGGCAACCGUGACGAUUACAAGCAAAUCCCCAACUCUGAGCACGAAUGGGAAAUCAAUGCCUUUGUAUCGCUCCUCCAGGAGCUGCGUGCCGCUGUUGGUGCCGAUAAACUUCUUUCAGCGGCUGUUCCAGGUAAAGAGGUCGAUUUGAUGGCCUUUACGCCCACCACCGUGCCAAAGAUCAUGAAAGAAGUCGACUUCCUCAACAUUAUGACAUACGACCUGAUGAACCGCCGAGAUAUCGUGACCAAGCAUCACAGUGGUGUCUCGGAUUCUCGAGACUCCAUCCAGCGCUACAUCGACCGCGGCGCAUCACCUAGCCGGCUCAAUCUUGGGUUCGGCUACUAUGUCAAAUGGUUUAUGACCCAGGAAUGCUUCCAGGGAAAGCUUCUCGGGUGCCCUACUCAAUUGCUUGAGGAUCCCGAGACCGGGGCUGAUCUUGGCAAGACAGGCGGCUUUAGCUGGCAUGAUGAGGUUCCCCAGGACCAAUCUACAUCGUUUAAACGUGCGAGAAUAGACGGGGAGUAUGAUAGAGAUGGAAGCUAUUUCUAUUGGGACGAGAAAGAGUGGCGAUGGUGGACAUUUGACACUAAAAAGAGCAUUAGGACAAAGUUCAGCAAAGUCGUGUCAGAGCUCGGAGUUGGAGGAGUUUUUGCUUGGGGCCUUGGAGAGGAUGCGCCCUCAUUUGAGCAUUUCAGAGUCACAGCCGAGGAAGUUCGCAGGAUCCGGGAGGGGUAUGCAGUUGAAGAUGGGGACAAGGACGAGUUGUAA